UGGGCAGCUCAUGCUGUAUGAGCUUCCCCCUGUGGAAGUGCACAGCUGCGACCAGAACCAUCCUUGCCAGAACCGCUGCUUCGAGGAGUUCGAACUGCUGUCUGGAGGCGGCGACUUGGAUUUCGUCGGUUCCACCAACGCGACUGUUGGCGAGGUCUUGUGCGAAGCGGCUGGAAUGGCCGUCGAUAGCGAAUACGUGUACGCCUAUUCAGAGCUCUGCGACGGCCCCUGGGAGUGGACUGGCGACGUGACUCAGCAGCCCCUCUGCUGCACCGACGCGGCUGAGUACGUUCCCUGCGAGACGGGGACAACAAUGUAUGUGUAAUGAAGUUUGGCCUUGCAGCCCUUCACGUCAACGAACAGGAUAAUGUUAAGUGAUCACGCAAUCAAAUA